UCAAAUAUCACAAAAUUAAUAAAAUAUUUAAUAAAAGUCAUAACCAUUAACGGUAACAAAUAAAUCAACUCAAACAGUAAACUCUUUACUUUCAACUCACUUGUCAGACGCAUUUUGAGGGGAGGAAUAAUAAUUUACAUUGAAAUUGCAAUACUUCUGCUAAUCUAAAAGGCGAUGUUUAUGCAUUUCUGUGGUUUCUAAUCAUCGUUUAUUUGCAAAUUGUGUUGAAUUAAAUUGAGGUCAACUAGUGAUACUUAAACCCAAAAUUUGAGUGAGUCUAUGAAGGCUCAGCAAAAUGACCAACAGCUUAUUAACUAGAUAUUGAGAUUGAAAGGUAAAAUUAUUUCUAGCUGUUGGUUUAUUUUCAUUUUAAACUUUUGUUCCUCUAAUUGCCUUUUGUCAAUUGAAUGUGAAAAAAGUUUAAACUCACAGACACAGAUGAUAAUUGAUUGUUAAGAGCCUCUCAUUAUAUGUUAAAUUACAAGUUAAGUUCAUCAUCAGGUAGGGAAAAGGUAUGUUGAUGAGCGUUAAAAUCCUUGAGAUGGGUAACUUGAAAUAAACUAGUGUUACCUCAAAAGUGAUGACCUCGUAAAGUUUGAACAUGAAAGUGAAAUCGAUCUUAAAAAAUAUAAAAAUAUAAUAAUAAUGGUAAUAGUGAGAGUUAAGUAGAUCCUACAUAAUGAAGGUUAACAAUUGGUUUUGUUUGUCUUGAAAGAGGCAGAUAUAAUUGUGCUAACAUGGUGGUGGUUAUCAGGAUGGUUACUUUGUUGCACUCAUUCAUUGGUCACCAUUGAAUUAUAAAUACCAACAACACAUCUUGUUCAAUGUUGAUUACCUUGAGACUGGAUAGUCUAUCGUUAAAAUGCAAUUGCAAUGGUACGUGAAAACAAAGCGAAAAAAUGUGAAACAUAAUUAUUAUGUGCGUUAAGAGAGUUAUCGGAUUAUCACCAUUGAACAAGAUAUUUAACAAAAGACGUAAUUUUAAUUGAACUAUUUUGUGUCAGUCAAAUUUUAAAUGGAUAUCAAUCAAUACAAAUUGUCAUUUUGAACUGUGAAAUUCAAGUAAACAAAAUACAAACAAAAGUAAAAAGUGAAUCUCAAUCAAAAUUCUUACCUUUAAGCGGACACAUACAAGAAAUUAUAUCGUUUGUUGAACAAUUGUCCCUCCAAUAACCAAAUUCAAUAGUCAUUAUUGGUAAUUCAGUGAUUUAUGCAAAACAUAUCUAUAAUAACACAAAUGUACCAAUACAAAGCCAACUUUGGAUCACGUAAUGAUUUAAAAAUGGAUUGUAAAUGAUUUGUUGUCACCAGAGUUGACCAUUGAAAUGAACAAGCUACUGUUGACAUUUGGGUUAACACUUUACCUAAACUGUUUACCAAUGGAUUGUGUUAAAUUGUCUGGUAAAAUAAAGCGACAAUCAAAUGAAGCUGGAAAUAAUUUUGAUUGGAAAAAGUAUGGAUUCUCAAGUAAUCAGGUUAAAUUGGUGACAAUUGCUAAAGCACUUGAAAUUGGUGAGACAACAAUCAAUGUUAAAUGGAGGUUGCAGUUGGCUGAUUAUUCAAAUGGGAGUAAAGAUGGUCAACCCAAAGGGAAACAUUAUUUACCCACAGAAUGGACUUUAAGAGUUCGCCAAUUUGCAACUCUUUAUGUUAAAUUGCGUUUCAUUUCUCAAUUAAUUGAUACUCAAGAGCUAAUUUCAACUGGAUUUAAGGAUAUUAAUUUUCUGGUAACUUCAUUAAAUGAAGGAACAGCUUAUGAAUUGUGUUUACAGUCCAAAGAGUUUGCUGUUAUUGAUCAAAUGGAUAAUAUUUUGAAGAGAAUCACAAUUUCAUCGCAAUCGGAUUCAAUUGAUUCUAAAAUGGUUUGUAAAGAGAUUGUUACACUUAAAGGUAAAUGUCAACAAUUAACUGCCGGUAAAAUUGCAACUGUAACAGUUGUCUCAUCAGCAUCGACAAUUAUCAUUGUUGCCAUUGUGGGUUGCUGUUGGUGUCCAAGUUCAAAGAGAGGAUCGAGUAAGGUUGAAGAUGGUGAUGAUAAUGGUCAUGAAGAUGAUCAAGAUGACCAGAGUGAGGAAAGGUGUGAAAGGAUAAGCUGGUUCAAGUGGUUUAAGUCUAAUAAAUUAGCAAAUGAUUCGUCGUUAAACAACAAUCAAAUCAAUGGUUUAGUUUAUCCUGAAGGUAAAGUGAAGAAAUGGUUAACUUAUUGGAAAGGAUCAAAGACAAGAGAAUCAAGAUUAAUUUGGUUUUCAAAGAAAAACUCAAAAGUUGAUUUAAUGGUUAAAUCGACCAUUUAUCGACCUAAAAGUUGGCCUCAAGAUGAAUGGACAAUCAAAGGACUAACUGAUCCAAUUGGAGAAUAAAUUGUAACUCAAAUUGUAAAGUGUACUUUAAAUGUACAAAUGUAUUUAAUAUUAACACUUCAUUGAUUCAUUUUCA